GAGAGAAGCUGUCAAAGAGCAUUCCUGCCAUCAGGUCCCUGCUCUUUUCAUYAUGUUCCAGUGCCUCUGAAAUGCUCAUCUUUACAGUCAUGACACCAAGAUGUUGCUGUGAGGGUUUGAACAUGAGUACCCAGCCACACGCUGUGACCAAGGCAGAGAUCCCUGGCCAUGUUCUUUACACAGUAGGAACGUGUGUGCUCAUUAUUGGCUCCAUCGGCAUCAUUGGAAACCUCCUGGUCCUCUACGCAUUUUACAGCAACAAGAAGCUGAGGACACCCCAAAACUACUUUAUAAUGAAUUUAGCUGUGAGUGACUUCCUGAUGUCGGCUUCUCAGGCACCCAUGUGCUUCAUCAACAGCUUGCACAGAGAAUGGAUACUUGGAGACAUAGGCUGUAACCUGUAUGCUUUCUGUGGRGCUCUCUUUGGAAUAACCUCGAUGAUGACUCUCUUGGCCAUCUCUGUUGACCGCUACCUGGUGAUCACUAAGCCCCUGCAGUCCAUCCAGUGGACUUCCAAGAGACGYGCCAUGCAGGUCAUCGCCGUCGUGUGGCUCUAUUCCCUGGGAUGGAGCGUGGCUCCACUCCUUGGCUGGAGUUCCUAUGUGCCUGAGGGCUUGAUGAUAUCCUGUACAUGGGACUAUGUAACCUACUCCCCUGCAAACAGAAGUUACACCAUGAUUUUGUGCUGCUGCGUGUUUUUUAUUCCCCUGGUAGUAAUAUUCCAUUGCUAUUUAUCUAUGUUUCUGGCCAUAAGGCGUACUGGCAGAGAUGUUCAAAAGCUGGGGUCCUGCAGCAGGAAAUCCUACCUCUCUCAGUCCAUGAAGAAUGAGUGGAAGCUGGCAAAAAUUGCUUUUGUGGUCAUCAUUGUGUUUGUCUUGUCCUGGUCUCCAUAUGCUUGUGUCACCUUGAUUGCCUGGGCAGGUCGAGGCAACACCCUAACACCAUAUUCCAAAUCUGUGCCAGCAGUUAUUGCCAAAGCUUCUGCAAUCUACAACCCCAUCAUAUAUGCAAUAAUUCACCCAAGAUACAGAAAAACCAUCCACAAAGCUGUUCCCUGCUUGAGGUUCCUGAUACGAAUAUCRAAGAAUGACCUGCUGAGGGGAUCCAUAAACGAGUCAUCAUUCAGGACCUCUCUCUCCAGCCACCACUCCCUUGCUGGCAGGACCAAGAGCACUUGUGUUUCYUCUGUUUCUACUGGAGAAGCUAACUGGAGCAAUGUAGAGCUGGACCCUGUGGAGCCAGCUCAUGAGAAGCUGAAGCCUYGCCGAAGUCACUCUUUCUCCACAAGUGUGAGACAGGAGAAGAGAGACCUGCUCCCAAAGACCUGCAGCUAUGAUGCAGCCACUACUGAAAAGGUUUCKCUCUCCUCCAGCUGUUUGGAGGAGGUGCUUGGGCAGCCAGUCCUACGCAGUCCCUCGGCAGCACUUGUGAGCAGCUCCCUGAGAGCCACUUCCUUGCCUGUWGGAUUGAACAGCAGCAGUGUCAGCACACGAGGCUCAAGUACUUCCCAUGUGGCAGCUCAAGGAAGUCAAGCAAAUGGAGUUCUGGAAUCCGUCAUUAGCAGUGCAGUCCCUCGCAUCAUCAUCAUUCCUACCUCAGAGACCAAUCUCUUUCGGGAGGAACUGGAAGAGGAGGAGACUGAAUUGUCCCACUUUCAUGACAUAAAGGGCAACCUGCUGGACUUGGAAGGGCUUAGCUCAUCCAUGGAGUUUCUUGAAGCUGUUGAGAAAUUUCUAUCAUAAGUUUGUCAAAAGAAAACAUUCCAGUAAUUAUUUUCUUGGCAWCUUCUCCACUUAAUUAUACCAAAUAACUGAAGCCUUGUCAGUUAGAUCAUCAGAUUUUUUUGGUAUGUUUAUAUGGUAGUCACUAGGCAGCCUUCAGAUUUAUCUUUGUCCAAAGCAGCUCAGGCAUGGAAACAGGCUUUCUUUCAGAUUGUGCUGCAGGAAAUGUGCAGUGGAAGAUCUGGCAGCACGAUGGUCAAGCAGGGUGCCUGCUUUGUGAGGCCCUGAUUUGUUGCCACUGACAGGAGUGCCAGCAGGAGGGAAAAUGACUGAGAGCAGGGUCAGCUGCUGAAUGUUUGCUAUCUGCACAUGAAACAGCAUUCCUAUUUUGGCAGCUCURUUGAUGGCUGCAUGACCUCAACUAUAGUUUAAUCAAAUGAUUUGCAGCAUUGUUUUUGCUGUGCUUUAUUUUUUGAAUAGGCAGCUAGCUAAACGUAAAGAAGGCAACUGGUGGCUUUUCACUGGGAAGUGACUACUUCCCAGCUUGUGAUCCUUGGAGGUUUAAUGAUAGAAAUCUGGAUUUUACCUCAGCAUUAGCAUGGUCACCUAAUGUCAAUGUAAGGUGCUAUAUGCUAAAACAUACACUGCUGUUGAAGCAUUCAGAGUACCUUCMGAGUUACAGUCCUGAUUAAAUGUGUAUGGACCUUAAUGAGUUUGUGAUUGAGAGGGUGAAUGUUCACAGCUGGCUCGACRAGUCAUUGACAAAAAUAAAGCCUUGGCUGCUGUAUAUCACUUGUCUGUUCAGGGAACCAGCAGAUGUCAUUUACAGGUCACUUACCAAGGUCUUCGGAGUGGGUAAAACAUCAGCUUGAGGAGAAAACUGCACGGUGCUGUGGUGUUUGCUACAGGAUCUGCAUUCAUGUUAUUAUCUGUGGUUACUAACUGUGCUUGUUUUAUCUGUGCUCACAUUAUGAUUCAGGCUCACAAGACCCUCCUAGCACUACACUUGUAGCUUCAUCUUCCUUUUGUUACUCAUUUUGCCAUUUCUUUGUGUCUUCCCUUUCAGUCUCUGAUUUUCAAAUGUAGACAGCAAAUUGAGCUACAUUUUUCUUCACCUUAUAUCAAUAUAUAUUAGUAGAAAGCAGGUGCUCCUCUGGAUAUAAUAGUGCAAAUAUUUGGUCCAGUGAGACUAAUAGCAUUCAGACAGUCAACAAGACAGUGAGAGUUCAUAGUCUCAGUUUAUUUCCUUGGCUGUGUCCUAGAUUAUGCAGGGACCACUGAGAGAAUUUCCAGGUUUUGUGUAUUCACUGGCUGAACUCGGGAAGUAAUUUCUCUUUGCCUGUUUUCCUGAUGCAAAAAACAGAUGGAAAGCAUAGAAGUGUUUUUAAUUACUUUCUUCAUUGCAAAAGAAGAUAACACAAAUAUUGUUUGCAACAAGCUGGACAGGAACAUCACUAAAGAGCAAAUUAAAACCCAAAGCAGUGGGGGAAAGAGAAGAAUGCCUCCAAACUUGCAGACCGAAGGCUCUGCAAGGUGCCAGCACAGCAGAUCUUUGAGAGGACUGAGGCACUUCCUUUCAAUAUAGACUGUUCAAUUUUUAGGAAGAGAAAAAAAAAUAAAAGCUGGUGGGUUACAGAGGCGAUUGCUGAGACAGGCUGCCUGAUGCAAUGCUAACUCCCUUAAUGCUGCUGUUAUUUGAGGUGCUCUGCUGCCUACAGAUCCUCAGACUUCCCAACCAUGGAAAGCAGGGAGGAAAUCGGUGGUGGAGCUACAUCAUGCUUGUGGUGCUGGGGGAGCAAGGCUCAGCUGGGGCAGCACCAGGCUGUGGUUCCUGCAGCCAAAGCCUGUGCCCACUACGUGUGGAGUUUUCUGACGGGGCCAGGAAUCAUGCCAAGGUCAUCUGCAAUCAGCUCAGCAAUUCCAAGGGCAAUUCCUCCAUUUGAGGACUGGCACAGUGAGCAGGGAGRGCUGCUGGGGACAGGGACAUGCCCUCAUUUGCAGUUCCACAGUGCCAGGUUUUUUAAUCCACUGCAUAGUUUUGGCCACAAUUAGUAAUUAAAUGUUAAUUAUCUAUUAUAUUCAUGAAAAAGAGGGCAGGCUUAGUGCUAGGCUAAACAUACUGUCCUGCCAUCUUGGAUUCCUGUYCUUUUUUGGCUGAACCUGCCCUCUCUGAUUUUUUUUUUUCAACACUAACUGUGCAGUCAGUGGCCUUGCUUCUUCUUGCAUUUAAUAUCCUCAGCUGCUGUAUCUCCUCUUUUCUUGAGCCAGAAAGGAAGCAAGUGUUCUUUCAAGGCUUCCAAGUCUUAGACCUGACUUUUACUUCUGUAAUUACUCCAAAUAACAAUAGAAAAUGCAUUUGGUGUUCCAUGUUAUAAAAAGGUGCCCUGGAGUAGAUUUUGCACUCAGAUUAUGACAGACUUUUACUGGUAAGUCUGUAGGCAGGGUAUUGCCAUAGAUUUUGGCAGGAUGAAAAAAGGAAGUCCUGAAGUCAUACUCAACAAAUUUCUCUGUCUCUGAAGUUUUGAAUUCUACUUGUUAGCCUCCCAGUGAUCUCUUGCAUGUGUUUGAUACUCUUACUGUGCUGGUACUGUGAGCGUGUCUCAGAAAAUCAGCAGGCUUGAGUUCUGUGCAAACAUSGUUUCACUUUUACACUGUUAAUGUCAUGCACUGUUAGUACCGUUGCUUCUGAAGCUACUGGCAAGAUUACUGCUUGUUUAAACUGAUGCAGGCUGAAAUACCAAGUGGCAUARUGGUAGAGAGAUAAAACAUGAAGUUGUAUGAAAUGUCAGGUAAUCUUACUGCAGUCACUGKGAGACUUUGGCAGAAACCUCAGUCACAGAGUAAAUGAGUCUCCAAUUGACCACCACAAUGCAGGRAAAUUUUGCAAGCUUCUCUGUUGCCACAUUAGAAUAGAUGGCACAUAAAAAUGUACACUAAUAACUGUUGCUUCCUGUUUCACAAAGGAAUGUAUUG